GACCAGUGAAUUUAAAGACGGUAGAAAAAGUCGUGUUUUUUUGUUGUUUUUUGGGUUUUUUUUAGCUCAUGUCUGCAUUUAUCCACUUGACUUUUAUCAGAUGAUUAUAAACCGAUUACGCGUCAACGUGCGCAUUUUUUUCUCUCUUCAUAUUUCAGGAGAUUUGGAUAAGGGGGCUCAUAAGAAGGGCGCCUGGAAUUAAAGAGGCUGCAAUAUUCGGGACUAUCGCGGCACAUUUCAAAGCGUUUUCUGUGCGAUAUUUGAAAAACGGAGUCGUGCGGCGAACGCCUGCGUGUCCCUUUUAAAACAAACCCAGCGCCUGUCAAUCACGGCGCAUUCCAACCAAUCCCAAAGCUCCCUCUUUAAAAGCAGGUUUGCCUGCUGUGCUUUUAUAUUGCACCAUGGCCUGUUUCGAAGCAUUUUUACUACCACGGUUAUUGCCACAAAUCAAGAGGGCAAAGUGAACGGCAUGGGACUCACGUCAACUCUAACGAAAUUGAGUCUGGUUGCUUCUCCUGCGAAGUUCACGGCCACGAAUCGCACGUGCAGACGCUAUAGCUCGCAACGAGGGAAAUGGGACCGGGGCUUUUAGGUGCAUCCUGAAUUUGCAAACUCAUUGCCAAAACUCCACAACAUAACAUGACAAGCCUUUCGAGGUUCAGUGGCUGCCCUCUCUCUUGCGUCAACCCCGGGGAGAGCAAUACUGAGCCCAGCGUGAGGCUGCCACCUUUGGCAGGGGAGCACAUGGGACACCCCACUGGCAGUUCCUUAAAACUCUGCCCCUCGCACAAUUUGCGAGACUACCCCGAGACGAGGUCCAGUGCAUAUGUUGACCAUUCGGUUCCCAAUUUCCCAGACUCUGGAUACCCCAGCAGCCACCGGUUAGAGCACAGCCCUAGGGGCAUUAUCAUUGGAGCCAAUCUUUCUGGAGCCGGCAUGCCACCCGUCACAGAUCAACUGGCGUCACGAGCGAACCAACAUGGCGGGAUUGGGAGGUAUCGUGACUUCCAUGGCUGCAGAGACAACAGGAGCCAUGCCUUUUUCACGAGUUACCAGGAGCAGGCCUCCGCCGACGCGUCCCGGGAUCUCGGCGGCCAGAUGAUGCUGGGUUUACCUGGCGACCUCCUCGCCCGGACCCACCACUAUGGCCAGACCAUCGGCCCCAAGGGGAACAGCCAGCAGCUCGUCACGCAGUUCCUGGGUCUGUACAAGCCCCUGAACAUGGCGAUUCAGCGCGGCGGCGGCGACGCGUUCUUCGGGUGCUCCAAGCAAACGGUGAAGCGCGAGCUGGUGUGCCGGUGGAGCGACGGCCGAGAGGGGGCCGGGAAGCUGCCCUGCGCCCGAGCCUUCGGGAGCAUGUAUGAACUUGUCACCCAUGUGACAGUGGAGCACGUCGCAGGACCCGAGCACUCCGAGUACGUGUGUCACUGGGAGAACUGCGCGCGGGACAGGAAGCCGUUCAAAGCCAAGUACAAGCUGGUGAACCACGUCAGAGUCCACACAGGGGAAAAGCCCUUCCCCUGCCCCUUCCACGGCUGCGAGAAAGUUUUUGCGAGGUCAGAAAAUUUAAAGAUCCACAAGAGGACUCACACAGGUGAGAAACCCUUUAAAUGCGAGUUCGACGGCUGCAACCGGAGGUUUGCGAACAGCAGCGACAGGAAGAAGCACUCGCACGUGCACUCCAGCGACAAGCCGUACACGUGCAAGGUCCGGGGCUGCGACAAGUGCUACACGCACCCCAGCUCCCUGCGGAAGCACAUGAAGCUCCACUGCGACAAGGCCCAGGCCCAGGCCCAGGCCCAGGCCCAGGCCCGGGCCGCCGAUAAAGGCGCCGACGCGAGCCCCGGCGACGCGGCGUUCUCCGCGGAGGCCCGGGCGCCCCGGCUCGCGGACGGAGCCCCGGUCGGCCCCUCUCAGCCCCCCGCCCCCGGCCAAGGUGCGCCCGUGCCCGUGUCGCCGGAGGGCCGGGACCAGUCGACCCCGAGGUCGCGGUUCCAUCAGACGUUUGACGGCACUGUGGACUACGCCGCGCACAGGUCGCAGCCCCUGCUGGACCCGCUGUUGCUGCAGAGGGGCAGCUACAGGCCCCAGGGCCCCCAGGGCCCCCAGUACCCCUGCGGACAGGCGGGCCACACGUUCGCCCAGAGCCCCAGGACUUUCCCCUCCACUUCUCCCUUUCAGAAAAGCGUCGUCAACGGCUGGUACACGUGUCACGGCGGCGUGGACUCCUUCCCGCCGAAGCACUGCAACAACAUCCCGCCUCUCUGAGCUCCUGUCGGGACUUCGAGCCUCAAUGCGUCUGGGCCUAUUUUCUUUUCUCGUCGCAGGUGUUACCUCUAUCCCGUCUGUAUUCUGUGGUGAACGUUGUAUCCACUAUCUUGUGACACGUCCUGAGUCAUCCAUAUUGAAAUCUUACGUUGCUUGUUUGUCGACGUGGGGCCUGUUCGGUCCGACUCCAGCCACGUCUCCCCACAGAGGUGUGGGGGGACCUUUACAAAGUGCUUCAUCGUUCGCUGUGUGGCAUAGGAGUAUUAAUGAUAUCAAUAUAUAUAUCUUAGGUGAGAAAAAAACACGACAGAAGAUUUUCAUAGAACGGCCUUUUGAGUGUUCUGAACUUGGGAGGUGGAGGGAAACGUGUUGCUGAAUGUAACCCUGGCUGCAGGGCUCUCUGUUGAAUGUAAACUAGCCGUUCUCUUGGUCGGGACUCAUAGAGACAUUAUUCAUAUCCUUGUGUAUGUCGAAAGAUGAAAUAAAUAUCUGAAAAAUCUCUCCUAUCGUUAAAUCUCGAAACCCAACAACUCGUGCGCGACGGGCCGGAAGCAUGAUUUAUCUGUAAUUAUAAUAAUGCAAGGCUCAGUAGGUUUUUAUCAUCUCCGCUUGAUUAAAUUCUACUCUUUGCCUCCAUUCAUUACACAUAUUACACAUUCCUGUUUGUAUUAUAUGUAUAUUUCGCACUUCUGUGCAAAAAUAAGACCAGUGUGCGCACGAAGCAGUGCUCGUGAUGCCAUUAAAAACGAUUCAUUAUCAUACAUUUCUCCUGUACGUAAACCUACUGUAUAAUUAAUUAUGUAUUCUAUAUUUUAUUAAAGUGUCUGUAUUCUCUUUGA